AAAAAUAAUGGCCCCCAGUUUCCGUAAAGGCCGCAGCGGACCCUGACAGAGAGGCAGAGCGUUGGCAGAGGCUGGUGAAGCAUCCACGGCAUCUAAACGACUCCAUAAUUCUGCUCAGGCUUCCUCCUCCUACGCUCCUUCUGGGUGCCCCCGUACUACCGAAACACACGUACACAAUCCUCUGCUACCUGAUCCAACCUAUUCUUUUUCUAACUCGUAUCUUCUUCUCUGUUCAUCCUCAUCAUAUUCUCUCGCUAACAACCCACCUCACUUACCGGCUACAAUCACACAAACUCGACUUGUUCGAGCAUCCCCUCGCUUAGCACCACUGUCACCGAAGAGCGCAGACCACCAAUCCAAUACGUGCAUUUCCCCUCCUGAGUGUUUCAGCCGCAGGAUCCAACAGCCAUUUGCGCUUGAAUUUCGACGUCUCAACCAACACUUGACACCCCAUUCCUUCUCGAGCCCCGAAUAGAAUUUCUCGAAGCGCUCCUGCGACAGACUUCAGUCUCCUUUACCGAGUCUUGACGGCCGCCCGUCACUGCGCUAAACCUCGACUCCAGGUUGUGGUACAGUGGCAUCUGAAAACGAGCAGAGGACACCACCCAUUCGCGCUUCAAUAUCGCCAAAAUUCGCUCCCACGAGGCUCGUACUUCCCUCCUCGGAGGCCAGCCAAGUACUUAUCAACCUUUGGCUGGAGGUUACCACCAACGCGAAGGUUAUGCUAUGAAAGACUUCGAGAAAAGAAGAUCAAGAUCAAUCAUGUACACGCCAAAUUCAAAAUGGACUUGGGCUUUCAGCCUGAUCGCCCUGACCCAGGCAUGCAUAGUCCUCGCCUUCGAGUGUUAUGCUUUCGCUCAUUUUCAAAUCCGCCUGGAAUCCAGCAGCUCGCAUUUGACUGCUUCGCGGACGAUCCCUACCUUCUUGACUCUAUACAUUUUCGGCUUCCUCUACCAACUGCUCCUGGUCUGGGAUGCUCUCAGAAUGAAAAAUACUAUCCAGGUCAUUGGCUUGGUCAUGUACAAUGUCGGCCUGCUUAUCUACGGUGCGGUCCAGAUCUCGCAGAUCAAGGACGCUGUGUUUCAGCUGUCGCAUGACGACUUCAUCCAGAUGGAGGUUUGGAGCGACACAAAGCCUUUCUUGAUCGCCAUACCCGCUAUCAUUGCUGUGGGAACGGCUCUUCUGGCCGGCUGCGCCUGGAAACUCAACGAUGAAUUUGCCUGGACCAUCUACAAGCGCAUCUCGGCCGACUUGCGAAUGAAACGACGCUAUCUCCAAUACCAGAUCUAUAUCGCAUUGUUGAAAUUCGACUUUUUCUUCUUCCUCGGCUUCACGGUCCAAUUCGUUGUCAUUGUCACUCAGCGGCGAGCCGAAUUCGCUCUUACCAUUGCAGCCAUGCCGGUGAGCAUCUUCAUUCUCCUGGCCGCUGCGUGGUUUGUCCGAAGGGAGAACCUGAUAGGCACGAUCGGAGUUAUCAUACUCUAUUUUGCUGGUCUUGCCUACUUCAUCUUCAAGAUGGUCCGCAUGUAUUCACCAUCUCACGAAGGUCCUUAUCUUCCAGCCCGGAAGGAAUUGACCAGUUUCGCUGUCCUAACUAUCAUUUCUAUCCUACUCACCAUCACAAAUGCUUGCCUGUGCGCCAGUAACUACAAAAAGGGUCUCAAGCCCUACAUCUACAAGUCUGCAAGCAUUGAUGAAGAAGAGAAGCCAAUCGGAAGUGCAUAUGCACCAUACGCCACGGAAAUGUCGAGUGGCCCGAAGUAUGCGGCAUCACGACCUACAGCAAACAGAAUGGAGAUUGAUUGAACGAACUGAAUAGGACAUUUAUCGCCUUAUUCCAGGGCUUUAGCGGGCGUUUUCUCAGGUCGUCAUGUUUCCGACUAUGUACUCUAUUCACGAGGAGUUUUGGGCUUUCUCCUGUGACAAUAACGCAGUGUGCGAAUUGUGCCAGUGAUGGAUAUGAUGAGCUAUAUAUACCUCUCCGGCCAAAUAUUGUGGUCUGGUGGCUUGUUUGUGUGACGUACAAAAUGAAUGGUCCAUUUUCCACAUCAUCUACAAA